AUGUCAGCUGAACACGUCGCGAUUGGUCUACCGAUCUAUACCAUUAAUGAGACAUAUCUUCAACAACGGGGUGGAAAGCUGCGAAAAGCUCAGCAUCCGAAUCUACACUCCUACAGCCAACGGCGAGGAAUCACAAACCGACAUCUCAAUCUGGGAAUGAAUGGGAAACAACACGGACUCGCGUUCCGUAUUUGGUUUAGCCUGGUUAAAGCUCUUGGAGCUCCAGCAGAUAAAUCAAUGAACCAGUCUCAACUACGGACCAAGCUUAGAGAUACAAGGGGAAUAGCGCACGGGGACAAUAUCUAUGAGCUCAUGUUGCUGAAAGACCAACAAGAUUAUAUACCAUGGUUGCCACAAAUUAUCGAAUCACUUUUUAAUUUUAAUCAAGACUGGUAA